AUGAAUCAGUUUGCAUUGAAAGCUCAGAUUCUGAGUCAGCUAAAAACAGGAGAAGAAGAUGGUGAGCAGUUGGAGAAGCCGACCCGCUCUCUAAAAAUCAAAGACGGCUACAGUUCCGACGACUCGGAUGGUGAAGACGAUGAUCGGAAUGAUGAAGAUGGAGCAGUGAAAAAGAAGGAAGGCACCUCCAAGAAGAAGAAAGUGCACGAAAAGCCGAAAAAGGAUAAACGCCAACGGGUAGAGAAUGGUGACGAAGUGGCAAAAUAUGAGUCCUCCGAUGGUGAAGAUGAAGGAAGGGAAUAUGACUACAUGUCGGAUAGUGGUUCGGAUUCCGAGUGA